CCUCCGACUGAAAAAAUCGGUAAGAAGCCUUCCUCGGUUUCCACUAUUUCUGAUACGAUAAAGAGAAACACAAAAACAAGCUCUGUAAGAAAAAGCAACCACGACCAGGCACACACGUCCCACGCCCCCAUGUCUCGUCAUCAAACUACCCACCACUCCUCCCAUCGCAUCUCUAGCGAGAAAAACCCCCCACCGCCGUCCAGUCGGAAGCAGCCUCUCUCCGUUGCCCUACUGUCCGGUUGCCACUCACUCGACUUCCCUCGAAGAUCACCUCGGCCUUCCUCCACCACGCGCCCGCCUCCCCCAUGGACAGUGAUGGCUUCAGCCGAAGUCCUCAUCCUCCCCGGGGGAAAAGAAUCCCCAACUCUAGAAGUGAACCACACCGGCGUGCCGAGGCGCUGUGCGGCGGCGACGGUGCGCGCCGCCGCAUUCGGCUGCUACCCGUCGGUCUCAUCCCGUCCGCUUGCAUCCACCGCUGCCUUUACCAUCCUCGAAGGAGUACCGUCGGCAUCCGCCGCGGGAUCGACCUCCUUCACUGCCUUCAACCUGCCUACUACAGUGCCGAUGCGUUUCCUGGCAGCGCACACGAGUGGGCGGGCCGGCGGAUGUGGAGACAGUGCAGGCCUCCCUGCUCCCGUUCCUGAAUAUUGGUUGGGAUUCUUGUAUGGGAAGAAGAAAGAUAUAAUUAACCCUGUGCGCUGACUGUUGUUUGGAUGUCGAUGGCCGUCACCAAUUAAAAGAGGAUUCACCGAGACGUUGUGGAGGUGAAGCACUCGCCGGCGAGGAGCUCCGGGUCAAGACAGCAGCGGCCGACGAGCAGAGUCCACUCGUGGAGGAGGUCAUCCGGCUGAUUGGUAUAUGCCUUUUGUACAUUCUUGCCUGCAACAAGAACUUCGACUGGUUUGAUUUGGUUGAGUUCGAUUUGAUUCUGUAGUUGCAGACUUGCCGAAGUGUUUAAUUCUCUGAUGCAGCAUUUGCUUGGCAGGUCUUUCCUGCAUAUUUGGAUUCAGUGCUAAAUGCGUCCACCAUAUGUUAUCCUCUUCUUGAUCCCCAGAUAUGACUUGCUUUCAUAUGUAAUCUCUUGCUGGUGGAACAUAAGUAGAACAAGUAGUUUGAGUGGUUUUAA